AUGGUUGAACGAUUAAGGCCGAAGAGUCUGGCCUCUAUGGCCCAAACAGUCAGCGAUCGGUUUGCACUGGUCGCAAGAGAAGACAAUUCCAAGCUCGUCGGUCAAACACAACGGUUUGAACUAUGGGCCACAAGUUUGGGUCUUUAUCAUCUAGGCCAUAGCUCACUCGACUACCGAUUCCGAGAUGCUCCCUCUCUUUUCGAAUACACUGUCGGCCUGUUGCGUGAUCUGGAGGGGCUUCUGGUGCAGCUCAUGGAUACACGCAACCCUGGACAUCUAUCUAGUGUUGAUACAAAGAACACGAUUGGGUCCCAUGAGCAGUUCAGCGAUGACUCAGGGGAAGAUGACUUUGAAUCUUCUGACGAUGAGUCUAUUACUGAUUUGUUAUUGGGUAGUGUGAGUGCUACUAUUGACAAGCUCUAUCACCUCUCCUUCAAGAUUCGCAAUCCCGCGAUGAGGCUGGGAUUUUCUGAAUCGCUCAAGUACCAUGAAAUUGACCCGGAAACCGGCGUCAACCUUAUAGACCAGUUCCGAGAAAAUGAUCAACGUCAUCUCGAACAGCUUUUCGCCUCUUACCGUUCGCUCUCCCCAGCGAAUUUUGAAAAAGAUUUCCUGGUUCGACGCCUAGCCAAAGCCAACACCCGACGGCGACAACAGUUUGGAUAUUGGAAGAGAAGAGCUCAGUUUGAAACCAUUUUUAAAAAAGAAAUUAUCGAUAAGACGGCACCAGAGUUAGAAAAUGAUCCAAACCUAAACGUGCCUGCUGUUCCGAUAGCGCCUUCACGACCUUCAACAGCAACUCAUCUCAAUGUGUCUAAAGUCAAUAUGGACGAUGAUACCUCAAUGGUAUCAAGUCUAACUAUACCGAAUAUGAAAUAUGAGGGAAGUGGUGGUUAUUUUUUCAUUCCACCACCCCCAAAGCAUCUGCUCGACGGAGAAGAGUUUGAGUGCCCCUAUUGCUUCACUCUGUGUCCGCGCAAAAUGCUCCAUCAAACGAACUGGCAAACUCACGUCCUACGCGACUUGCGUCCAUAUAUUUGCACUUAUGAGGACUGUAGAGAUGCAGAUCAACAGUACGACAGACUCGGCGAUUGGAUCAAUCAUGAAGCCUUUACGCAUCAGAGGAAAUCCGGCAUUAACAGCAGUAACAAUGAAAACCUGUCUAUUCAAGAAUCCCGGAAGUGCCCAUUUUGCUUCGAGAUCGUAGGACGCCAGCAUAUCGCAACGCACCUUCGCAGGGUGGCCUGUUUCUCCCUUCCACGAUCGACUGGAAGUGACGAUGAGUCUUCACAAGACAGCCAGAUAUCCGGUAGAGCGGACCUUAGAUCAAACAAGUCCAGAUGUUCUGAGAUAAGGUGUGAGACCUCAUUUGGUGGUGCUGAAUCUGUUUCUGAGGCUGGCCCGGAAGUUGACUUGAAAAACAAUAUUCCGCUCACUUUGGAAUCCCUCCAACAACAGCAACCAGAUCCCAAGGAUAAGGAAUCGAAGGUCAACAUAUUCUUGGAAAGGCUAGAGAGUGAAUCAGCUGACUCACACCACACUCCUCCCGGCAUUGAUCCCACGUCAAUUUCUGACUUUGGAAUGCUUCAUCCGACCGCUGCUUGGUGUGUUGGCUUCCCCGAACUCGAGAACCCGGAAAUUUUGGAGAAAUUUGACUUUGACUCGUUCCUGUAUUAG